AUUAUUUAUUUGCAUGCCAACAAGAGGCCUGGCUAUCAACCAUUGAUGGUUCCAAUUUAUAGUUGCAGGCCUCCAGCUUCUUCUAUUCAACCACCCUCAUCCGUCGAAUUCCAUUGCCACCAUCCACCAUCACCGUCCUCCGCCGCCACCAUUUAAGAAAUCAGCCAAAAAAUUUAAACACCCUCACCAUUAAUUCAUACGAAAUCAAGCCACCACCACAUGGCGAGAGUGUUUGCGAUCGAACAGCUCAACCAGCUACGUGAAAUUUUCACCCGAUUCGACAUGGAUUCCGACGGUUCCCUCACAUACCUAGAACUGGCGGCUCUCCUCCGUUCUCUAGGUCUGAAAAUUUCCGGUGACCAGAUCUAUGUACUCUUCAAUAAUAUGGAUUCCAAUGGGAAUGGUGCUGUCGAAUUUGAAGAACUGGUGAGCGCCAUGUCCAUUGAUGUGAAGACCGAAGAAAUUCUUCUCAAUCAAAAACAACUCAUUGAGGCUUUUCAUUCGUUUGAUCGAGAUGGACAUGGAUUCAUCACGCCCGCGCAGCUUGCCAAAUCAAUGGCAAAGAUGGGUCAGCCAUUGACGUAUCGUGAACUCACCGCGAUGAUCGAAGAAGCUGAUGUUGAUGGCGAUGGUGUCAUUAAUUUUAAAGAAUUUUCAAGUAUAAUGGCAAAAUCUGCAGCUGAUAUUUUUGGAGUUCAUGUCUCAUAAGAGAGGUUCUUCUUCAUUGAGCCAAAUAUUACACCAUUUUUAUCAUUUACUUUUGACUUGAGACGAAAGGGAUCAUGUGUUGCCCUCUCCCCUUUGGGUUGAGAUAGGUGGAAUGCGCAGUAGGUUAUCAAGAAGUAUUUAAGUGGGGGAGACUCCCACAUCGCUUGUAAAUAAUAUUUUGAACCCUGAAGUGAACUAAUAAUAAAUUUUAAGUUGAUUAGGAUGUUGUGAUAA